AUGGAAGACCUGAAAGGAAUUGAGGACUAUGUUGCUGAUCACUUAUCUCACCUCGAGGAUGAGGAAAUGCAAAAAUUAGGUAAUGAUCUUGAUGUCAAUGAUACUUUUCUAGAUAUUUAUCCCAAUGCUAGUAAAUACUACCAAGAUAUUUCUGCUAAACAUGCAUAUAGUUUUCCUGGGAAAGUUGUUGGUGUGAGAUUUGAAAGCCAAGAUGUUCUUACUACAGCUGCACCAGCUAAGGAAGCUAUUAAGCCUGCCAAUAAUAACAAUGAUGAUAAUGACAUCGAUCUCUUUAGAGAAGAGAUAGAGAAAGAACGAAGGCAGCAGAAGCAAGGGAGGCUACUAAGGAAUCUACCAAGAAGAAAACAAGUGAAAAGUCAUUUGUUCUUAUGGAUGUUAAGCCUUGGGAUCAUGAAACUGACGUAA